GUAUCGGAGUAUGGGGCGGAGAAUGACUUGGUUUUCAUGGGGUCUCCCACUGCGAUUGUAGAUCUAGAUAGCUGCGAUGAAUCGGCAGUAUGUGAAUAUAGGUUUUACCCGGAGUAGACAGCUUGUGUUUCCUGUCGGUAUUUCACAGCAGUGACUGGAAUCGGAUUCUGGACAGUGGAUAUUAUAAGACUUAGUUGUGUGACGGAUAUCAACAAUGUGCAGCACAGUUAAAGCCUGCCUGCGAUUCUCUAUCGUAUUCUUCAACAUUCCCAUCCUGCUGAUUGGCGCCGCCGCGGUGGGCACGGGUAUCUGGGUGAUCGUCGACGAGAACUCGUUCUUCAGCAACUACGACGCCUUCGCCGACGCGAGCGUCGUGGACAAGGCGUUCAUCCGCGAGGGCGCCAUCGUGCUGUUGUCGGGCGGCGCCGCCACGCUCGUCUUCGCCAUCAUCGGUAUCUUCGCCGCCGUCUCCACCAGCGUCUGUCUUCUCGGGCUGUAUGUUAUUAUUCUCACGCUGCUCAUCGCUGUGCAGGUUUCAGCCAUUGCUUUAGGAGUGUUAUUCAAGAAGGAGUGGGAAGGAAAGCUGGACACGGAGGUGUUAAAGAAUAUCAAGACGAAAUAUGACGGGUUAACGACCACCAACGAAGCUUUCACAGCCGCUUUAAACGAGCUGCAGCAAAAUCAAAAAUGUUGUGGUUGGAGAAACGUGACUGAUUUUGAAACGACGGGAAACCAGUGGAAUAGAACUUUGUCAAACGGAAGUGUCGCCAUCAUACCGGAUGCGUGCUGUAAAUCGGACAACGAAACAUUCGACUGUGUUAUAGCGCCCUCUGUUGACAACUCCUAUGUAAAUAAGGUUAGUAAUUUCAAAGUAAAACACACAAGUUUACUUAACCCCUGCAAUUAAGAGAAUGUCUACGGC